AUGCUCAGCAGCAGCAAGAUCUUCGCCAUGUGCAUCGCCGCCGUGGCCCUCUCAAGCGGAGUGAACGGUGAGAAGCAGGUGGCCGAGACCUUCGGUCUGCUCGGCCUUCAUGGCCUCCACGGAGUUGGCGUAGGCCUGGGAGGAGUUGGCGUAGGCCUGGGAGGAGUUGGCGUCGGCGUGGGCCCCGGUGUGUAUGGUCCAGGCGUCGUCGGCCCCGGCGUCAGUGUCGGCGUGCCAGGCAUUGCCAGCGUCGGAGUCGGUCUUCCCAGUGUGGGCGUUGGUGGCCCCGUUGUUGGUGGUGGCCCCGCAGUUGUUGGCGGUCCCGCAGUCGGCGGCGCACCUGCAAUCUCCAACGCCAACGCUGGUGCCGGCGCGCCGGCAAACGCCAUCUCCAACGCCAACGCCGGUGCGCCUGCCACCUCCACCGCGAACGCCAACGCCGGUGCGCCCGCCACCUCCACCGCGAACGCCAACGCCGGUGCGCCCGCCACCUCCACAGCCAACGCUAAUGCCGGUGCGCCUGCCACCUCCACCGCGAACGCCAACGCCGGUGCACCUGCCACAGUCAGCGCGAACGCCAAUGCCAACGCUGAUGCUGGCCCAGGAGGCAACGGUAGCACGGUCACCAAGACGGUCACGUCGACGAACAGCGACGGAACCGCUACUGCGACCACGUCGAAGACCACUAGCGGCGCGUCGACGAGUGCGACUGCGACAGCCUCUGCUGGGGCAAAUGCGAACGGUGGUGGGAACGCAGGCCCAAGUGGUGACCCGAGUGGUCCGAGCGGAGGCCCGAGUGGAGGCCCGAGUGCCGGCCCUAGCGAUAGUGGGAAGACCGGAACCGGUGGCACAGGCGCUACGGCUCAGAAGGGAUACCGCAAGCUCCGCUCGGUGGAAUGA